AUGCGGUUGUUUCUAGUGGCGGUUAUGAUCCUACUGGUGUAUGGUUUCUACAUUGAAUUUGCUUACCUAAAACUUCCGGAGCGGUCAUCGGUUGAUGAAGACGAAGACGAGGCAUCGGGCGAUGGCAUCACAUGGGCGCUGCUCGUCGCGGGUACGACCGGAUGGGGUAACUACAGAUUUCAAGCAGAUGUAUGCCACGCAUAUCAACUUCUAAAAGCAGGAGGCAUAAAGGAUAAACACAUUGUUGUGUUUAUGUAUGAUGACAUCGCCUACGAUAGAGAAAAUAUGGAGCCGGGCAAAAUUUUUAAUAGCUUUUAUGGUCAUCAGGAUGUCUAUGCCGGUGUUCCAAAGGAUUACACUGGUGCAAAUGUUACCACUAAGAAUGUGCUUGGGGCACUUGUUGGAGACAAAAAGUCGAUCACAGGUGGCAGCGGGAAGGUUAUCAAAAGCAGAUCAACUGAUCGGAUCUUUAUCUAUAUCUCUACUCAUGGAAACCGUGAAUAUCUCAAUCUGCCCAAUGGUCAAACGAUAACUAGGCAAGAGUUGUUGGAUGCACUAGAGCAGAAACAUGCCCGGAAUAGCUAUAAAUCAAUGGUUAUAUACUUAGACGCAUGCCACGGUGCAAGUAUGUUUGCUAAUGUGUUAACCCCGAGCUUGAACAUCUAUGCUGUGACCGCAGCAGAUGAGGACGAGAUUGCCCAUGCAGAGUAUUGUCUACGGGUAAACGGCAUGUUUAAGGUGAAAAAGCGAGUCUCUAAGAAUGGUACUUACAUAGGGGGAUCGCAUGUGAUGGAGUAUGGUGAUAAACAUAUCAAAUCAGAGCAGCUCUAUAUGUACCAUAGAUUCAAUCAAAAACCUGUAAACCAUACGAGAACGGUUAGUUUCUCCAACAAUCUUUUAGAAAAUAUAGUUUCUCCAAAACAUAUUCAAUGGACGCGAUGUCUCUUCUUUGAGGAUCCAAUAACUCAAAGAAGCGAGCAUCAAGUAUGGGUCCAGGUAUACAACCAUGCUGAAUCAAAGCUCAAAUGUUGGCAAUGUUAUGGCAGAUAA